CCCUCUGUGGUGCUUUCCUGUUGCUAUGGAUUUGUCGGAGAGGAAAAUGAAGUUCUUUCUUGGGUUCCCGAUCGUCUUCUUUCUAUUGCAGAGCAUAUUUGUAUCUUUAGUAACUGCAGAGAGUUCCAGUGCACGGCUUCUUUUGAUGCCCAAUACCAGUUUUAGGGAAAGACAUUCAGAAGAGUAUUGUGCAAUGUAUGAUAUAUGUGGAAAACGUAGUGAUGGGAAGGUCUUGAACUGCCCUUAUGGCUCCCCUUCUGUGAAGCCUGAUGAACUACUUUCUUCAAAGAUCCAAAGCUUGUGCCCAACAAUCACUGGCAAUGUUUGUUGUACGGAAGUUCAGUUUGAUACAUUGCGGGCACAAGUCCAACAAGCAAUUCCUUUUCUUGUAGGUUGCCCUGCAUGCUUGAGGAACUUUUUGAACCUCUUUUGUGAGCUUACUUGCUCACCUAAUCAGAGCUUAUUCAUCAAUGUAACAUCUGUUACCAAGGUUAACAACAAUUUGACUGUGGAUGGCAUUGAUUUUUAUGUGACUGAUAAUUUUGGUGAAGAGUUGUAUAACUCUUGCAAGGAUGUGAAGUUUGGGACCAUGAAUAGUCGAGCCAUGGACUUCAUUGGUGCGGGCGCUCAAAAUUUUAGAGAGUGGUUUGUAUUUAUUGGUCGUCAAGCUGACCUUGAUGUCCCCGGUUCACCAUAUGCCAUUAAUUUCCGAUCAAGCAUCUUUGAAUCUUCUGGGAUGAAGCCUAUGAAUGUGUCUGUUUAUUCAUGUGGUGACACUUCUCUUGGCUGUUCUUGUGGUGAUUGCCCUUCUUCUUCCACAUGCUCUGGUUCUGCACCCCCUCUCCCUCACAAGAAACAUUCUUGUUCUAUUAGUAUUGGGUCCCUAAAGGUCAAGUGUGUUGAAUUUUCAUUAGCCAUUCUAUAUAUUGUAUUGGUUUCUUCAUUCUUGGUUUGGGGCUUUUUUCACCGGACAAGAGGAAAAAAGGGCCCAGUUUCCAGGUUGAAACCUUUGUUGAAUGCUGUGGAUGAAAGCGAACUCCAUUCUGUUAACAAGCAGAAAGAUGAUAUCCAAACCAUGCAGAUACAUGACGAGGUUCAAGUGGUGAAUGGUGUUCAACUUUCUGUUGUGCAAGGCUACAUAUCAAGUUGCUACAGGAGAUAUGGAACAUGGGUUGCUAGAAACCCAAUGCUUAUUCUAUGUUUGUCAUUGGCUGUUGUUCUUCUGCUCUGCUUAGGUCUAAUUCGUUUCAAAGUGGAGACACGGCCUGAGAAGCUAUGGGUAGGUCAUGGGAGUAAAGCUGCAGAAGAAAAACAAUUUUUUGACAGCCAUCUAGCACCAUUUUAUAGAAUUGAACAGCUUAUAUUAGCAACAAUUCUUGAUUCAAAGCAUGGGAGCCCACCAAGUAUCGUGACAGAAGAUAACAUUCAGUUACUCUUUGAAAUACAAAAGAAGGUUGAUGGAAUUCGCGCGAACUAUUCUGGCUCAAGUGUUUCCCUAUCUGACAUAUGUUUGAAGCCACUUGGUCAGGAGUGUGCUACUCAAAGUGUUCUGCAGUAUUUCAAAAUGGAUCCUGAUAAGUAUGAUGAUUAUGGGGGAGUUGAUCAUGUCGAGUAUUGCUUUCAGCAUUAUACCUCUGCAGAUACAUGUAUGAGUGCAUUCAAGGCUCCACUUGAUCCAAGCACAGCAUUAGGGGGAUUUUCUGGAAACAAUUAUUCAGAGGCUUCUGCAUUUGUGGUAACUUAUCCAGUAAACAAUAAGAUUGAUAAAUCAGGCACUGAGAAUGGAAAAGCAGUAGCUUGGGAAAAAGCUUUUGUUCAGUUGGCAAAGGAAGUGCUGUUGCCUAUGGUACAAUCUAAGAAUCUCACACUUGCCUUUUCAUCGGAAAGCUCUAUUGAGGAAGAACUGAAAAGAGAAAGUACUGCAGAUGCCAUAACCAUUUUGAUAAGCUAUCUUGUGAUGUUCGCAUAUAUAUCAUUGACUUUGGGAGAUUCCCUUCGCUUGUCUUCUUUCUACAUUUCAUCUAAGGUAUAA